CGUCUCUUAUCAGUGCAAAAUGAGUAGAGGAGAGGUUGUUAGUAAUUACGACAAGAAACCCAUAAGGGUGGGACCUUGGGGAGGACAAGAUGGAGUUAACUGGGACGAUGGAGUUUACAGCAGUGUGCGGCAAUUGGUGAUAGCCCAAGCUGCGGGUAUCGACUCUCUUCAGAUUGAGUAUGACCUUAAAGGCUCCUCUGUCUGGUCUGAAAAACAUGGUGGCUCUGGUGGCAUCAAAACUGAUAGGGUAAAGCUUGAUUACCCAAAUGAGUUCCUCACUUCCAUCCAUGGUCACUAUGGUAGUAUCAACGAAUGGGGUCCUAUCUUUGUCCGAUCAUUAACAAUAGAGAGCAACAAGAAAACAUACGGACCAUAUGGUAUUGAACAAGGAACCCAAUUCUCAUUCCCAAUAACUGGUGGCAAGAUCGUUGGUUUCCAUGGCAAGGGUGGUUGGUAUAUUGACUCCAUUGGAGUUUAUCUAAAGCCUCUCUAUAACCCAAAUCCUUUCAAAUCUUUGGUCUCUUCUCCUAACUUGAUCACUGCGUCUGCAACUGAAAAGAUCAGUAGCUACACCGUCGUCCAAGGAAGUAUUGGCCAAGACUUCGAUAUAGUGCUUGCAUUUAAACAGAAGAAUGACAAUGGCAAUCUCCAACCAGCAAAGAAGAACGUCUCAUCAAAGCGAUCUUCUUCUUCUUCUCAUUCUUCCUCAUCUUCUUCCAGUGAUGAUGAAUCACCAAAAAAUAAGGUAAUAAAUCAGUCAUCUUCAUUCGCCGAUGGCCCUAUCCCGUAUGGACCUUGGGGAGGAAGCGGAGGAACAAUCUUCGAUGACGGAACUUUUACCGGCAUUCGCCAAGUUUAUCUAACACGUAACGCAGGUAUCACUUCCAUUAGAGUUCUAUAUGAUCGAAAUGGACAAGCUAUAUGGGGAAGCAAGAAUGGUGGUUCAGGAGGGAUUAGAACUGAUAAGAUAAUCUUUGACUAUCCCUACGAGGUGUUAACUCACAUUAGUGGUUACUUUGGACCUGCAAUGAUAAUGGGGCCUAAUGUGAUUAAAUCACUAACAUUUCACACUACAAAGAAGAAAUAUGGACCUUUUGGUGAUGAACAAGGGACCUUCUUCUCCUCUAACUUGAAGGAAGGGAUGGUUGUAGGGUUCCAUGGAAGAAAGGGAUGGUUCAUAGAUGGUAUUGGGGUUCAUGUACUGGAAGGGAAGUUAUCACUGCCACAGCCUCCUCCUCCUACACUCUCAUUAAACACGAGUAGCAACUCGGCAAUUAUCGAGUCGGCCGGUACUACUACCCGAUGGCCCAACAAUUUACUAGUAGAAAAACGGGCACCAAGAGAAGAGGUUUCCACCUAUACGGUGGUUAAAGAACCGGCUCCAUGUGGACCAGGUCCAUGGGGUGGUGAUGGAGGAAGACCAUGGGAUGAUGGAGUGUUCCCUGGGAUCAAGCAGGUCUUCUUGACGAAAGGGGAAGCAAUUAGCUCUAUACAGAUUGAGUACGAUCGAAACGGGCAAGCUGUUUGGUCUGUUAGACAUGGAGGUAGCGCCGGAGACACCACAUAUAGGAUCAAAUUCGAGUACCCUCAUGAAGUGGUUACUUGCAUAAGUGGCUUCUAUGGUUCAAUAGGAAGAGAGGAGCCCAUGAAAGUGAUAAGGUCUCUAACAUUUCAUACCACAAGAGGGAGUUACGGGCCAUAUGGAGAAGAGAUUGGAACCUAUUUCACAUCAACCAAGACAGAAGGAAAGGUGGUGGGGUUCCAUGGAAGGAGUGGCUUGUAUUUGGAUGCCAUUGGUGUUCAUAUGCAGCACUGGUUAGGGGAUGACAGAAGAUCGGUCAGGUCCAGCCUUUUCAAAAUGUUUAAUUGAUCAGCAUUUGCCAUAAACCCACCCUCUCCAUCUAAUAAGAAGAGAUAAUGAUGCUAGCUAGCUUACUGCCUCUAAUGAAACUUUGCACAAUAAGGGAACAAUACCAC